UACGGACGUGAAGUGAGCCGAGACCACCAACAACAUGGCGUCCACACUCACUUUUGACAAUCCUGUGUUCGCACAAUUCGCAUUUUAUGGAACUGUAUGUGUGUUCAAGACGAUGGUUAUGAGCCUGAUCACGAUAAAACAGCGUCUGAGUAGGAAGGUGGUCGCCAACAUGGAGGACAGGCUUGUCAAGGGUCAAACAACCAUCUUUAAUGACGUCGUCGUAGAACGAACAAGAAGAUGCCAUCAGAAUGACGUAGAGAAUGUUAUUCCGUUUAUCCUGGUGGGCGUGCUGUACGUACUGACAGGUCCCGAUCCAUGGUGGGCUGCCUUCCACUUCCGGUUAUUUACUGGAUGUAGGAUUUGUCACACAAUAGCUUACCUAUUUGCUAUUCCUCAACCUGCGCGUGCAUCCAUGUUCGGCAUCGGCUGGCUCACUGUCGUAUCAAUGGGCGUGUCUGUUUUAAUGCGCGGGAAAUUCUGAGCAGCAGGCAAAGACGAACUGGAAAAACAGAGAAAAAUAUGAUGGAAACAGGAGAGAAUGAGACAAAAACAAAAUGAGGGAAAUAGAAGAAACAUGUGAUGUAGAUAAAUAUGAGAUGAAGGAAGUAACUAGGAUUGUGUAACAGUCCAAAUGAAUGUAAUUACUGAUGAAAUUUGAAUUGUACGCCAUUGGAAUGAUUGGCGUAUCUGAUAUUGGCGAAUUUAAGCUCAAGGAAGAUACAGUAUAUGUUAUUUUUCAAAUCAAAUGAUAUCACAACGUACUCAGUCUACCAUGCCUCCUUAACUUAAGGCCAUGCUUUGACUUUAACUCCAAAGUUUACUUUUACCUUAAUUUUAACCUUGCCACCGGAAAAUAUUACAGAGUGUGAGGAGAAUGCCUUGACUAAAAUGUUCUACGUUAUCUAAUUUUCUUAAGGAACGUUUAUGAAACAGGUUCGAGGUUGAAUUUUAAGCCGACGAUAGAACUAAUUGGAAAACACAUAACAGGGACAUUGUUCAAUGUGUUUAGAGCUCGCUCUAAUAUUUUCUCUUUAAUAUGUUUCUUCAUCUGUAGUAGGAAGAUUUCGUAGUAGCCGAGGGACCUUUGCGAUGUGUGUAGAAAGGUCUAGCACUGAGUACAUGUUACUCGUGGUAUGCGACUAUAGAUUCCCAGACAAAACACGAAUUCUUCCAGAUCAUAGUACAUGACCAAUCUAACAUAACUGUUUGAUGUGGAUAUGUCACAUGAUGGGAAACCAGUCUCAAUGUGUAAAGGUAUCUUUGGCACACUGGUAAAAUCUUACCACCCUCUAAUGCUCAGUGUUCUUGACAGGCCCUGUCUGUAUGAAUCGGCUAUCACUAUGGGCUGUGUAGAGGUCUAUCCAAAUUAAUCGCGUUCUUUAUUCAGUUAGACAAAUUCUCGUAAGGAAUGGCAUAAUACCUCAAUGGUGAUUACUAUAUGUGACAAACUCAUUCUAGUGUACAUGGUCUAGCUGUUUUACUUAUGAAACUUCAUCACGUCUUUCUUCUUUGCCUGCAUUCAACUUUUGUUUUAUUCUCGUUCACAAUACAUUGCAUAGAGAAAGAAACAUAUUUGCAUCAUAUAUUAAUAUACAAUAAUUGUAGCGAUCGUUGUCGGUUGUACACCGUGCUAUUUCAUAAUAAAUUCACAUUUCUAUAAAGCAUUGUGUUUUUAUUUAGUUAGGCCCAUGGUGUUAAAAUUCAUUAUCUUACUAUAAACAAGGGUGUAGCGGAGACAAAUACAGGUAAAAAAAAAAACGAGUGUAUUUUUAAGAUCUCGUAACUGUAAGAUUUGAACGACAGACAGAGUCGGAACACAUGUUUACCUUUUUAAUACGAUGUUCAUCGAUAUGGCCGAGGGCUAAACCGAAGGCACAUGCUUCGGCGGAAAAUAUUGAGAUGCCGUCUGUGCAGAAAUUAGCAGUACAGCAGGCUACAGUCUCUUUCUCACCUUCUUUGGAAUCACCUGUGUAAAGUUUUGUAUGAGAAGGGGUAUUCGAAAUGCAUUCCCGAAAGAAGGAUUUAUGUUUUUCGGGCAUUAUACUGGAUUUACCUCGCUCAUGUAACGUACCAUUAGAAUAAUAUGUUUGUAUGUUCCAUUAGGUAACAUCAGAUAUCUUAAAUUCAGCUAUGUCGGUCAAUUUUUAUGUUGAGUUCUUGCAGGAGAUUUUAAAUCGGAUACCAAAUGUUGGCAGUAGUUUUGGGCUUUGCAUAAAUGUUUUGGUAUUUUUUGUUGAAUACUGGGUCAAGCGCAUGCUAUUUAGGGGGAUGAUUUAAGUUGAACUGCAAACUGUAAUGUAAAUUUUAUUUCUGUCAUAAAGAGGUUGUUAUUAGCUUCCACGUGAAGGCUUCUAACAGGUGUUGUUCGAAAGGUUCCUAGGACUAGACGAAUCCCCUUGUUAUUGAUUGGGUCUAGCAUUUGCAUAUAAGAACUGCGUGCCGACUCGUAUACUAUACAAAGGUAGUCUAGUUCUGUUCGAAGAAGUGAUCUAGAAAUGCGCAAAAGCAUUUCACAGUCCGCUCCCCUAUAGUAUGAGAAAGGACUCGUAUAGUUUUCAACGCCGCGGAACACUUAUCCCUUAGAUGUUUUAUGUGUGGAAUGAAGGACAGUUUUGAAUCGGAAAUGAGGCCAAUACAUUUUGUCUGUUCGACAACAGGAAUUUCGGUGCAAUAAAGUGAAAGAUUUG